GAGUCUACACUCAGUGGUGUGCUGGAGCCAGCUCUUACCCGGCUCCAAAGCUAAUUGUUGGCAUCUUUCCUAGCCCCAUAUUAAGUGACUUCGUGUUGGUAGCUUGAAAUUGGCCAUGGUAGGAAUAUUUACAGAAAUUGACAAACAAUACAAAUCAGUCCUUCUCCCCAAACUGGUUGUUACAUAUCUGUCAGCAUACUACUGACGUGGGUGGUAGAAACCAGGAGAGUGAAUUCUCCCCCAUUGUGACUCUACUGGACAUUUGGGGCCUGUUUCAAGAAAGGCAUCAAGAGCUUAGCGGACACUGCAUUCUUUUAUGGCUGGAAUAUUGCUGAGGGCUCUAGGCUGUAUACGGUGGAGUGGCUGAUGUGGAGAAAGGAUGAGUGUGGAGUGACAAGCUAUGAUGGAUCACUUUAGGGCUCAGUUGGUGAGAUAAAAUGAGAGACGGGUGCCAGAAGAAAGGGUUUCCCUUCCGUGUCUCAUCUAGCUCAGUAGAAGCUGGCGAGACCGGGUGGGGUGGAGAAGCAAGGGAAGAAUAUCCCUUGGAGAGACUUGGCAUUGGCACUUUGCUGCGGUCCUCCCCACCACCACCACCAGAAGGCGCUCUUGUGAGGUUUUGGGGCCGAUCUUCCCAGCUCAGGUUGGCGACGCUCUAGUCGCCGCUUCUCUAAGGCCCGCGGGGCGGCCUGGGAGCCGCGGCAGAAAGGCCCGCCUCCGUGCGCGCAGCCUGCGGGCGCGGGUCAUGGCGCGGCUCCCGAAGCUCGUAGUCUUCGAUCUAGAUUACACGCUGUGGCCGUUCUGGGUGGACACGCACGUAGACCCCCCGUUCCACAAAAGCAGUGAUGGAACUGUACGAGAUAGGCGGGGCCAGGCCGUCCGACUGUACCCAGAGGUGCCUGAGGUCCUGGAAAGAUUGCAGGGCUUGGGGGUGCCCGUCGCGGCCGCUUCACGGACAGGUGAGGUUGAAGGGGCCAACCAGCUACUGGAGCUCUUUGACCUUGUCAGAUACUUUGUUCAUCGGGAGAUCUACCCAGGCAGCAAGGUCACGCACUUUAAGAGGUUGCAUCAGAAGACUGGAGUUCCUUUCUCCCAGAUGAUCUUCUUUGAUGAUGAAAAGCGGAAUAUUGUAGAUGUCAGCAAACUGGGUGUUACCAGCAUUCAUGUCCAGAAUGGAAUGAGCCUUCAGACCCUAACUCAAGGAUUAGAGACAUUUGCAAAGGCACAAGCUGGACUCUGAGGUCCAGUCCUGUGGAUGAGCCUCAUUUGAGGCAUAGAACUGAAAGGAAAUCAGGAGGGCAUUUUCAGGUGCAUUUGUAAAUGAUUAAAGUGUAUUUGUGUGUGGCAGAAGAGAUAUUA